AUGGAGAUGGGUUUCAGAAAGUGUGACUCGAGGUUGCCGAGCCAGAGCAGGGCAGAAGAAGCAAAAUCAACGAGAGAGAUGGAUACAUAUGAAAGCCCAGAGAUCAUACGGAGAUCCACCAGUUCGCCCUCUUACACCUCCCUGGCGGAUCCGCCUUCGCCGUCUAUCAAUGACCUUGUUUUUCCCUGUGAGUUCGUAAGCCUUGAGGAUGUAAUCAACUACAAUCCGAGAAUAUUGUUCAAGGCACAUGUGUUUUCUUUUAGGCUUCUGGGAUUAGAGGGUAUGCGGCUUUUGGAGCAAAGUGUUGUUGGCACGUUGUCUUGCAGCAACAACGCAGAUCAAUUUAAGAACUUCAAGAGAAUGUCAAAAAUGAUGCCGGAGAGGGUACUGACCAUUUUGAAAAAGGGUGAGAAUUUCAAGAGGUUUGGUCAGGGAGAUCCAUCCCUCAAUCCCACAACUCGGCUUAACAAAUCUGCAGCCUUCUGGAACUACGAAUAUGCGAAACAUAUCUAUCCCAUAAAUUUGUUAAGCCGAGUUGUGGGAUUGAGGGAUGGAUCUCCCAAAGAUUUUGCGUCUGGCCAAAACCUCUUGAAGUUCACUCGUAUCCACCCCACCCUUUUUCAAAAUGCUUUCGUCGACCCCAGAUCCCUUGGAAACUGA